GCCUUGUCCUGCUGCUAUGAUGAGGAAGAUUCUCUGGUUAUUGCACUCACUCAGGGGGCUGUAAUGCUAUUGCUUCACAUUGUUUAUUGCUUCUGUUGUUUGUUUUUGUCCCACUGCCUCUUUAUUACACCACAGAGGGGUACCGCUCUCACAGGCUCCCGAAUCUGGACUUAUGAUGCUUCGACAUGUGAUUUUUCAUUCUGAAGCUGCUUACGUUUCAGCUUAAUCAAAGUGAACUCCUUUAAUUGUGUUUGUUUAGUGAGGUCAGAUUGAUUGAGUUGUAGAUGUCCAAAUGUGGAGUAGCUUCCUCCUUCCCUCUGCUCGUGGUCCUGCCCGCCUCUUUCUCUUUGAUGAUGGUGGGGUUUCUGUUCUGUGAGCUCAGCAACUUUAUUUCUGUGCGUGUAAUCCCCCCGCUCCGGGCGCCAGCAUAUAAAAGCAACAAAGAGGCCGCGAGCCUUUUCAGCAUCGUCACCUUCCCGAGUCCACUCCUGUACGCACACACUGCCGCAGUCAUGUCUGCUGGAGGAGAGAAGUCCAAGACUGCUUCCCAGACUGAUGGGAAAGCUGCUCAGAGCAAGAGAUCGGAGAUGGGCAUGGUGUCCUACAAGAUGUGCGUCUACGAUCAGGAGAACUUCCAGGGCCGCUGCAUGGAGAUCAAUGCCGAGUGUGUGAACGUGUGCGACAUGGGCAUGGACAGGGUGCGCUCCCUGCGCGUCCACUGUGGGCCCUUCGUGGGCUUUGAACAGAUGAACUUCUGUGGGGAAAUGUUCAUUUUGGAGAAAGGAGAGUAUCCUCGCUGGGACUCCUGGAGCAACUGUCAGAAGAAUGACUACCUGCUGUCCUUUAGACCUGUUCGAAUGGACCCUGAGAAGCACAAGAUCUGUCUGUAUGAAGUUGGAGAGUACAAAGGUCGCAAGAUGGAGAUCAUGGACGAUGAUGUCCCCAGCCUGUUUUCUUAUGGCUUCACAGACAGAGUGGGCAGUAUCUUGGUCAGCUGUGGAACCUGGGUUGGCUAUCAGUUCCCUGGCUACCGAGGCAGCCAGUACGUGCUGGAGAAGGGUGAUUACAGGCAUUUCAAUGAGUUUGGUGCUCGCUGCCCUCAGAUGCAGUCUAUCAGACGCAUCCGGGACAUGCAGUGGCAUCCCCACGGCUGCUACAACUGAAGCCCUGCCAGGAAGACGGGCCACCAGUGGAAACUGGGAGGCCGAACCCACAAGAUGGAGAAAGGGUCAAAAAAAGAGGAGGUUCCCUCCAAACCUGUUUUCAGUUUGCAAGCAGAAUGAAGGGAUGACUCAAAGUGUUUAACAGUUGUCGCUAACAGGAGAUCAGUUCAGAUAUUCCAGAUUAUGAGGACUCUCCAUUUUUGUUCUUCCUGUCUCUCUGUCUGUUUGUCAGCUCUGGGCUUCUCGCCUUCCCCUCCUUCUCCACCUCAUAUUCUCUCUUUUAUGUUUCACCUACGUCAGCCAUCACGCAACCCAUUGGAGCCUGGCUGAGGGUGUGCAGGUUUAGGUUUGUUCUGCUUUGUGUGAAAAACUGAGACGGAAGAAAGCGACAAAGAGACAACUUGAGGCAAAUUAUCUGUACACAGGAUCUGCUGCCAAAUCAUCUGACUCCAAUAAAGCAUCUCAUAUUCUGCUUCACCUGAAUUGGUUUUUUUUUAACAAAUGUGUCUGCGACAUUCGAUUUCUCUAAAAUAUUAUUAUAUUUUUUAAAUGUUUCUCAACUGAAAUCUGCACACUGACCCCAAAUCUGAUGUUAUAAGUGUCAUAGUCUUCAUUUGGAUACACUAAACUCUAACAAAAUAGAAAUAAUUACAUUAGACAACCAUCCCAAAAAAGAAGCAAUAAAAAGGAGAGUUUUGUUAAAAGUAUGAAUACAAAACUUUGAUAAUCCACCCUGAUAAAAUGGGUUUGAUGUCUUAAUCAAGCAUAAGAAAUUAAAUAGUAAAGGUUUUGUUCCACUAAGCAUAAUCUUUUGAUGGAAUUAAAGUAAUUACUCACUUGUUAUGUCAAAAUUCAAUCACUAUUUAUUAUCAUGGGUUUGCCAUUUUAUCCAAAUCUACAAUUCCAAAAUCCAGAACCCUUGAAAACUUCUCCGAAGUAUCUACAAAAAAAACAGUGAGCAUCAAUGAUCACUAGAUUUGCAAAUAUAGACACUGUGUUUGAACAAUCUUUCAUGAGAAUUUUUUUUCUUUUUUUUUUAAUAAACCAUCCAAGUUUUUAAACAUCAGAACACAACAGAUUCAUAAAUAUUCUUCAUAAAAUCUUGAUAUUUAUUAGGUUUUUGCGUCAGGAAAACUGUGAAGUCAAAUAAAAAAAAAAAA